AUGGCUGCUUCUUCAUCCUCUGCUGCUUCCUUCUUUGGAGCUCGACAAGAUGAUCAAUCUCAGUUUCUCCCUCCUAAUUCCUCCGUAGCUCCUCCUCCUCUUCCUCCUCACCAACAGCUACCACAGCCCCUUGAAGCUCCACCGCAGAAAAAGAAGAGAAACCAACCAAGAACUCCAAAUUCCGAUGCAGAAGUGAUAGCUUUAUCUCCAAAGACACUAAUGGCUACAAACAGAUUCAUAUGUGAAGUAUGCAACAAAGGGUUUCAAAGAGAACAGAAUCUACAACUUCACCGAAGAGGACACAAUCUUCCAUGGAAACUCAAGCAGAAAUCCACCAAAGAAGUGAAGAGGAAAGUGUAUCUUUGUCCAGAGCCCACGUGCGUCCACCAUGACCCGUCACGUGCUCUCGGAGACCUCACCGGAAUCAAGAAACAUUAUUACCGUAAACAUGGAGAAAAGAAGUGGAAAUGCGAGAAAUGUUCUAAGCGUUACGCUGUUCAAUCGGACUGGAAAGCUCACUCCAAGACUUGUGGUACUAAAGAGUAUCGUUGUGACUGUGGUACACUUUUCUCACGGCGAGACAGUUUCAUUACACACAGAGCCUUCUGUGACGCGUUGGCUCAAGAGAGUGCGAGACACCCAACCUCUUUGCCUUCUUUGCCAAGUCAUCACUUUCCGUACGGACAAAACACCAACAACUCCAACAACACUUCAAGCAUGAUCCUUGGUUUGUCCCACAUGGGGGCCUCACAGAAUCUUGAUCAUCAGUCCAGCGGCGUUCUCCGACUUGGAAGCAGCGGAGGAGGAGGUGUUGGAGCCGCCUCACGUUCUUCAUCUCACCUCAUUGCUUCAAAUGCUUCUGGUUACUUCAUGCAAGAGCAAAACCCUAGCUUUCAUCAUGAUCAACAAGACCAUCAUCAACAAGGGUUUUUGGCUGCAAGCAAUAACAUUAAGCCAUCAACAAUGAACUUUCAACAGGGUCUGAUGCAGUUCUCAUCACAUGAUAACCAUAACUCUCCUUCCUCGAAUCUCUUCAAUCUCAGCUUCCUAUCUGGACACAAUGGAGUUGCUUCUGCUACAAGCAACCCCAAUGCUGCUGCUUCUUCUUCGGAUAAUCUUAUCAUUCCAAACCAUUUUGAUAGCGAAAACGCUGUUGGAGGAGGAGGAGAAGGAAGUACAGGUCUCUUCCCUGACAAUCUGAUGAGCUCGGCGGAUAGAAUCAGCUCAGGAGCAGUGCCUUCACUCUUUAGCUCUUCAAUGCAAAAUCCCAAUUCAACACCUCACAUGUCAGCCACUGCUCUUCUUCAAAAAGCUGCUCAAAUUGGUUCAAGCUCAAGUGGAAGUAACAACAACAACAAUAGUAACAAUGCUUCAUCGAUUCUAAGAAGCUUUGGGAGUGGAAUGUACGGAGAAAGCGAGAGUAAUCUUAAUGAUUUGAUGAACUCUUUCUCUAACCCUGGCGCAACGGGAAACAACGUUAGUAGAGUAGAUUCUCCGUUUGGUACUUCGUACGGAGGAGUGAACAAAGGAUUAAACGCUGAUAAACAAAGCAUGACCAGAGACUUUCUUGGCGUUGGACAGAUUGUGAGAAGCAUGAGUGGAAGUGGCGGGCUUCAACAACAACAACAACAUCAACAUCAGCAACAACAACAACAUGAGAGUAGUAGAGAAAGAGUUGGCUCUUCAUCGGAUUCCGCAGAUAGAAACAGCAUGAAUGUGAAUCCUGGUGGUGGUCAAGCAAGUUCACCAGCGUAUGGAAUCCAUCAUGCUAGUUUCUAGCUAAGGCAAAAAAUUUAAAAGGUUAUUAGUUCAUCAAAGUGCAUGCUAUAUAGUUUAGGUGUGCAUGUCAAAACCCAUUUGAAGUAAUUAAAUACUAUAUUUUAGUCGUAAUGCUCUCGAUAUUUCAGUUUUAAGUUGCAAUUGUGUAAACUCUUUUUAUUUUAUUUUUGAAAUUGUGUAAACUCACCUUUUUGUAAAAGAUUUUGCUUUAUAGUU